UGUUGAUUGACAGGGGACUGAUAGAAAAUGCCAACCUUCAUUAACCUCAUUCACUGGGAAAUUAAUAAAGGGAGCAUUUGGCAGGAGGUGUUUUGGACAGGCUGAGUUAGGUUAAUCACUUUAGUGGUGGAAAUUGUGGACAAGAUGUGCGAUAACUCGGAUUCCCCAGGGAGGGAAGUCCUGAGGAAGGAGCUGGCAAAGCUGGAGGAGGAAAUUUACCAGCUGAAAAAGCAGAGGAAAGAGAAGAGAGACGAAAUUUACAAUAUGAAGAGGGAUUUGGGGGUGUCGCUGCUGUCUGAGUUUUACUGUGAAGUGAAGACUGGCCUGAGUGGGCUGAGGAAAGAUCUGGACCAAGAUAUUUCCAGGGCGGCCAGGGACUUGAAACAGGGCUUUGCAGGUCUCAUGGUCCAGCUCAAAGACAAGUGCUCCUCUCAGGGCCAGGCCAGAGAAACUUGAUCUUUUUUACUCAGUCCUGUUUAUCAACUUCUGAGUGGAACAUUUUUCAAAAAUCUGGCAUAUUUUUGUUUCUAUCUUGUUUUUCUUCUUCCUUUACCAUUGUCAUCAAAUUACCUCCACUGAGCUGAAAAAUUGGGAAAUGUAUUUUCUUAUAUAUA